AUGGGAAUGAUAGACGAAGGAAUUUACUGCAACAGUGCGUCGUCUCAGCACCAGUCAAGCUUGAACAACAAUAACAUACCAGGUGGCCUAAGUUCUAGUAGAAGAUGCUCUGGUUGUAUGGCUCCAAUUUCCAGUCGAGAGCUGGUGAUGAGAGCACGCCAUCUAGUUUUCCAUGUUGCAUGUUUUGCUUGUGCAACUUGCAGAACACCUUUGACAAAAGGCGAUCAGUACGGGAUGAGAGAUUCCAUGGUUUUGUGCAGACUCCACUACGAAGCUUCUCUUUCGAUGUUGGAUUCAACCAUGCAACCAGGACACUACCAUCACCACGACCAAAUGGUACCCUUGCCUUACCCAAGUGAUCCAUCACCCCAUCCAGGACCAGACUCACCAAUUCUUAGUGGAAUUGGAGGAAUACCUCCAAUGAUGCCCUCCAACGAACGUCUGGCUGGUGCUGGUACAUUCUUUGGCGGCACCAACCCACAGAUGGGACCAGGAGGAGUACCUGCAGGUGGUACUGUGCCCAGGCAGAAAGGCAGGCCUAGGAAAAGGAAGCCUAAGGACUUGGAAGCCAUGACUGCAGGAUUAGAUUUGAACACAGAAUACUUAGACUUAGCAGCAUUCGGACCAUCAGGCGGCUCCGGAUCAUCCAGGACCAAAAGAAUGAGAACAUCCUUCAAACACCACCAAUUACGAACCAUGAAGUCCUAUUUUGCCAUAAACCACAACCCUGACGCAAAAGACCUGAAGCAACUAUCCCAGAAAACAGGAUUACCCAAACGCGUCCUACAGGUUUGGUUCCAAAAUGCUCGUGCCAAGUGGCGCAGGAUGAUGUUGAAGCAGGAGUCUGGAGGUGUUGCAACGUCCGUAGGGGGAGUUGAUAAAUCUGGUAAUUGUUCUGAAGCUGGAGACUUGGAUUUGGAUAGUUAUUCGGCUCAUAGUCCAACGGGAUCUUCAUCGUAUCAUCAUCAUCAUCAUAUGAUGGGCGGGCAUAGUCCGCAGUCGAUAGAUUGA